AGAAGAAUGAUUUUAACCUCUCCUGUUAAUUUAUACGUUACGUUUACCUUGGAUAAAAUAUUUUUUAACUAUAACAAAUAAUGUAUUAAAAUGGGUUCCAGCAGAAAAAAAAAGUACGAAUCAGAUUCUUCUUCAGACGAUUCGAGUGGUUCCUCUUCGUCGGAGGAUGAAAGAACUACCCACAAAAAGACUUCAAAAAAACAAAAACAUUCCUCAGAUGAUAGUGACAAAGAAGUCGAUGUGAAAUCAAAAAAACGAAGAUAUGCAGAGUCUUCCGAUGAUGAUUCUUCAGAUGAAAAAUCCAAAAAAGCCCAACGAAAUGCAAAGAAACGAGAAGCUGAAUCUAAGAAAACAGACCAGGAGAGGGGACACAAACCUAAACAUCCAAGUGACAAAGAUACACAUCAUACUCAUAGGCACAAGGAUAAAAUAAAACCACAAGAAAGAAAUGUAGAUGAAGAUAGACCUAAAAAAGAUUAUCACUCCAGAGAAAGAUCUGAUAAAGAGGUACAUAAUAAAGACAGAAGAGAAGAUAGUAGAGACCAAAAGAGCUCUGGUAAAGACAGAGACAAGUAUGACGAAAAAGAAAGAUAUGAGAAUAAAGAUAAAUAUGAUGAAAGAAAUAGAUAUGAAGAAAGGGAAAGAUAUGAUAGCAGAGAUAGACGAGAGGAAAGAAACAGAAAUAAUGAUAGAGAGAGAAAUAAUGAUAGAGAAAGGAAUGAUGAUAGAGAGAGAAAUGAUAGUAGAGAUAGGAAUAGGAAAGAUGAUUACAGGAAUCCCAGGAAUACUGAGGGAUACAGAAGAGAUGGAGAAGAUAGACAAAGGAGAAAUGAUAAUAGACGUAGGAGAAGCAGCUCAUUCGAUCAUGCCAGUGCAAAGUGGGGUAAACAGGAUGAUUCACAGCAAAACAAAAAUAAAAAGGAGGUACAAGAUAAAGAAAAACCGAAUUUUGGACUUUCUGGUAAAUUGACAGAAGAGACUAAUACAUACAGAGGGGUCGUGGUCAAGUACAGUGAACCUCCUGAAGCUAGAAAACCGCGAAGACGGUGGAGAUUGUAUCCUUUCAAGGGUGAAAAGGCAUUACAGACUUUAUAUAUACAUAGGGAAAGUGCUUACCUUAUUGGAAGAGAAAGGAAGGUGGUGGAUCUGCCUGUAGACCAUCCAUCUUGUUCAAAACAACACGCUGCUCUUCAGUAUAGAUUAGUGCCUUUUACUAGAGAGAACGGCUCAGUUGGUAAAAGGGUAAGACCAUAUCUUAUUGAUCUAGAUUCUGCGAAUGGAACUUUUAUAAAUAACAAAAAAAUAGAACCAAAAAAAUACUAUGAACUGAUUGAGAAGGACGUUAUUAAAUUUGGGUUUAGUUCAAGAGAGUAUGUUUUGUUGCAUGAAAAUAGCAAGGACGAAGCUUUGGACGAUGACGUUAAAUUGGAACAAGAAGAUGAAGUUGAGGUGAAAGUGAAGAAGGAGGAGGAGCAGGAAGAAAAUUAAUUUUGACAUUUUGUAAUUAUAAUUUAUUAAGUGUCUAAUAAAAAUUUCUUAAAAUUUUUUUAUUAAACAACAUUUUCAAGUACCUAACUUUUUUGAUGAAGUUAAAAUUAAAGAAAUAUUUAAGAUGGAUCUGUUUUAUUUCGAAAUAUGCUAUAUUA